AUGGCACCGUUGCGGAAGAUCCGGUUGAAGCCACCCCAUCGAGCGUUCGGUCGUGUUGCUGUUGACUACGCCGGUCCUUUACAGACCAUACAAGGCAGGGGUCACAGGCGUGCCAAGAGAUACCUGUGCCUCUUUACUUGUCUGACGUGUCGCGCGGUACACUUGGAGAUGUCAUACAGUCUCGACACCAACAGCUUCAUCAACGCGUUUGAACGGAUGGCCAAUCGACGUGGGCUACCCGAGGAAGUUCUAUCGGAUAAUGGAACAAACUUCGUUGGUGGCCAGAGAGAGAUUCAAGAGAUCUUUACUGGAGAUGACCAGGAAAGAAUUGGUCAACACUUCGACAAGGUGAAGUGGAAUUUCAUUCCACCCGGGGCACCUCACUUUGGAGGCGUUCAUGAAACGAUGAUCAAGUCCGCAAAGCGGGCCAUCUUUGCCAUUCUGUCCUCGGCUGAUAUCACGGAUGAGGAGCUUCAGACGGCAUUAUGUGGCGCAGAGAACCUGCUGAAUUCGCGCCCACUGACUACGCCAUCAGCUGACUUGAAAGAUGACUUACCGAUCACCCCGAACCAUUUCCUGGUGGGCCGAGUGGAAGAGUUCGCCGUCGACGGUACCGACCAACCAAGCAGCCCGCAGCAGAGGUGGCGACGUGUACAGGAACUUGUGACGCAUAUCUGGCGCCGCUGGAUGACAGAGUGGUUACCGGCUCUCAACCGACGAUCGAAGUGGACCACCGAAGAGCGGAACAUGGCAGUUGGUGAUGUGGUGUUAGUCAUUACACCGCACGCUCCACGCGGCAAGUGCCCACUCGGACGCGUACAGCAAGUGAUGCCUGGCACAGAUGGGCAUGUGCGUGUCGUGAAGGUUCUAGUAGGCGGUAAGCUUGUCACACGCCCUAUCGUCAAGCUUUGUCCCAUCCUCCAGGGAUGA